GCGCCAGCCAGCCCUCCCCGGCCGGGAAGGUGAGUCAUGCCAAACUGGGCGGAGAGUCUGCUGGCCUCUCUCCGUGGCUCGUCUGGGCGGCGGCGGCUGCUGCAACUGGGGACAGGGCGGGUGGCGCAUCUCGAGCGCGGAGACAGGAGGAGCAGUCUUUAUUGUUCCGGUAGCCGUCGCCUCUGCAGGUCCCUCGGCUCGGUUCGGCCUGCCCGGCCCCUGCCAGUCCUGCCCAACCCCCACAACCGCCCGCGGCUCUGAGGAGAAGCGGCCCGCGGCGGCAGUAGCUGCAGCAACAUCGCCGACCCUCCAGCCAUGGAAGACCUAGACCAGUCGUCGCUGGUCUCCUCGUCCGCGGACAGCCCGCCCCGGCCCCCGCCCGCCUUCAAGUACCAGUUCGUGACGGAGCCCGAGGACGAGGAGGAGGAGGAGGAAGAAGAGGAAGAGGAGGAGGAGGAGGACGACGAGGACCUGGAGGAACUGGAGGUGCUGGAGAGGAAGCCCGCAGCCGGGCUGUCCGCCGCUCCGGUGCCGCCCGCCGCCGCCGCCGCGCCGCUGCUGGACUUCAGCAGCGACUCGGUGCCUCCCGCGCCUCGCGGGCCGCUGCCGGCCGCGCCCCCCGCCGCCCCCGAGAGGCAGCCGUCCUGGGAGCGCAGCCCCGCGGCAUCCGCGCCAUCCCUGCCGGCCGCUGCCGCAGUCUUGCCCUCCAAGCUCCCGGAGGACGACGAGCCUCCAGCGCGGCCUCCGCCUCCGCCGCCCGCCGGCGCGAGCCCCCUGGCAGAACCUGCCGCGCCCCCUUCCACGCCGGCCGCGCCCAAGCGCCGGGGCUCCGGCUCAGUGGAUGAGACCCUUUUUGCUCUUCCUGCUGCAUCUGAGCCUGUGAUACCCUCCUCUGCAGAAAAAAUUAUGGAUUUGAAGGAGCAGCCAGGUAACACUGUUUCGUCUGGUCAAGAGGAUUUCCCAUCUGUCCUGCUUGAAACUGCUGCCUCUCUUCCUUCUCUGUCUCCUCUCUCAACUGUUUCUUUUAAAGAACACAGAUACCUUAGUAACUUAUCAGCAAUGUCAUCCACAGAAGGAACUAUUGAAGAAACUUUAAAUGCAUCCUCUAAAGAGUUGCCAGAGAGGGCAACAAAUCCAUUUGUCAAUAGAGAUUUAGCAAAGUUUUCAGAAUUAGAAUACUCAGAAAUGGGAUCAUCUUUCAAUGGCUCCCCAAAAGGAGAGUCAGCCAUAUUAGUAGAAAACACUAAGGAAGAAGUAAUUGUGAGCAGUAAAGACCAAGAGGAUUUAGUUUGUAGUGCAGCCCUUCAUAAUCCACAAGAGUCACCUGUGACCCUUACUAAAGUGGUUAAAGAAGACAGAGUUAUGUCUCCAGAAAAGACAAUGAACAUUUUUAAUGAAAUGCAAAUGUCAGUGGUGGCACCUGUGAGGGAAGAGUAUGCAGACUUUAAGCCAUUUGAACAAGCAUGGGAAGUGAAAGAUACUUACGAAGGAAGUAGGGAUGUGCUGGCUGCUAGAGCUAAUAUGGAAAGUAAAGUGGACAAAAAAUGCUUUGAAGAUAGCCUGGAGCAAAAAAGUCAUGGGAAGGAUAGUGAAAGCAGAAAUGAGGAUGCUUCUUUCCCCAGUACCCCAGAACUUGGAAAGGAUGGCUCCAGAGCAUACAUCACCUGUGCUUCCUUUACCUCAACAACCGAAAGCACCGAAGAAAACAUUUUUCCUUUGUUAGAAGAUCACACUUCAGAAAAUAAAACAGAUGAAAAAAAAAUAGAAGAAAGGAAGGCCCAAAUUAUAACAGAGAAGACUAGCCCCAAAACGUCAAAUCCUUUCCUUGUAUCAGUACAGGAUUCUGAGGCAGAUUAUGUCACAACAGAUAAUUUAUCAAAGGUGACUGAGGCAAUAGUGGCAAACAUGCCUGAAGGUCUAACGCCAGAUUUAGUUCAGGAAGCUUGUGAAAGUGAACUGAAUGAAGCCACAGGUACAAAGAUUGCUUAUGAAACAAAAGUGGACUUGGUCCAGACAUCAGAAGCUAUACAAGAGUCACUUUACCCCACAGCACAGCUUUGCCCAUCAUUUGAGGAAACUGAAGCAACUCCAUCACCAGUUUUGCCUGAUAUUGUUAUGGAAGCACCGUUAAAUUCUCUCCUCCCAAGCGCUGGUGCUUUUGUAGCGCAGCCCAAUGUAUCCCCACUAGAAGUACCGUCUCCAAUUAGUUACGACAGUAUAAAGCUUGAGCCUGAAAAUCCCCCACCAUAUGAAGAAGCCAUGAAUGUAGCACUGAGAGCUUCAGGAACAAAGGAAGAAAUUAAAGAGCCUGAAAGUUUUAAUGCAGCUGUUCAGGAAACGGAAGCUCCUUAUAUAUCCAUUGCAUGUGAUUUAAUUAAAGAAACAAAGCUCUCCACUGAGCCAAGUCCAGAUUUCUCUAAUUAUUCAGAAAUAGCAAAAUUUGAGAAGUUGGUGCCUGAUCACUCUGAGCUAGUGGAGGAUUCCUCACCUGAAUCUGAACCAGUUGACUUAUUUAGUGAUGAUUCAAUUCCUGAAGUCCCACAAACACAAGAGGAGGCUGUGAUGCUCACAGAGGAGAGUCUCACUGAAGUGUCUGAGACAGUGACACAACACAAACAUAAGGAGAGACAUAGUGCUUCACCUCAGGAGAUAGGAAAGCCAUAUUUAGAGUCUUUUCAGCCCAAUUUACAUAUUGCAAAAGAUGAUGCAUCUAAUGAAAUUCCAACAUUGACCAAAAAGGAGACAAUUUCUUUGCAAAUGGAAGAGUUUAAUGCUGCAAUUUAUUCAAAUGAUGAUUUACUUUCUUCUAAGGAAGACAAAAUAAAAGAAAGUGAAACAUUUUCAGAUUCAUCUCCAAUUGAGAUAAUAGAUGAGUUUCCCACAUUUGUCAGUGCUAAAGAUAGUUCUCCUACAUUAGUCAAGGAGCACACUGACCUAGAAGUAUCCAAGAAAAGUGAAGUUGCUAAUGUCCAGAGUGGGGCCAAUUCAUUGCCUUGCUCAGAAUUGCCCUGUGACCUUUCUUUCAAGAAUAUAUAUCCUAAAGAUGAAGUACAUGUCUCAGAUGAAUUCUCCAAAAAUAGGUCCAGUGCAUCUGAGGUGUCCUUAUUGCUUCCAAAUGUUUCUGCUUUGGAACCUCAAACAGAAACGGGCAACAUAGUCAAACCCAAAGUACUUAUGAAAGAAGCAGAGAAAAAACUUCCUUCUGGUACAGAGAAAGAGGACAGAUCCCUGACAGCUGUAUUGUCAGCAGAGCUGAGUAAAACUUCAGUUGUUGACCUCCUCUACUGGAGAGACAUUAAGAAGACUGGAGUGGUGUUUGGUGCCAGCUUAUUCCUGCUGCUGUCUCUGACAGUGUUCAGCAUUGUGAGUGUAACGGCCUACAUUGCCUUGGCCCUGCUCUCUGUGACUAUCAGCUUUAGGAUAUAUAAGGGUGUCAUCCAAGCUAUCCAGAAGUCAGAUGAAGGCCACCCAUUCAGGGCAUAUUUGGAAUCUGAAGUUGCUAUAUCAGAGGAAUUGGUUCAGAAAUACAGUAAUUCUGCUCUUGGUCAUGUGAACAGCACAAUAAAAGAACUGAGGCGCCUCUUCUUAGUUGAUGAUUUAGUUGAUUCCCUGAAGUUUGCAGUGUUGAUGUGGGUGUUUACUUACGUUGGUGCCUUGUUCAAUGGUUUGACACUACUGAUUUUAGCUCUGAUCUCACUCUUCAGUAUUCCUGUUAUUUAUGAACGGCAUCAGGCGCAGAUAGAUCAUUAUCUAGGACUUGCAAACAAGAGCGUUAAGGAUGCCAUGGCCAAAAUCCAAGCAAAAAUCCCUGGAUUGAAGCGCAAAGCAGAAUGAAAAGGCCCCAAACAGUAGACGUCCAUCUUUAAAGGGGGCACUCACUUGAUUGUGGGGGUGGGAGGGUCAGGGGUAAGCCCUUGGUGGCCGUGCGGUUUCAGCUCUUUAUUUUUAGCAGUGCACUGUUUAAGGAAAAAUUACCUGUCUUGACUUCCCGUGUUUAUCACCUUAAGUAUUGUAAGCUGCUGUGUAUGGAUCUCAUUGUAGUCAUACCUGUUUUCCCCGGUGAGGCACUGGUGAAUAAAGGACGCUGGGAAAGCUGUGUAUUAUAUUCUGUUGCAGGUAGUCUGGCUGUAUUUGGAAAGUUGCAAAGAAGGUAGAUCUGGGGGAGGGAAAAACCCUUUUCACAGUGUACUGUGUUUGGUCAGUGUAAAAUUGAUACAGAUUUCUCUGAAAUGAAAUGUUUAGGUGAGCAUACUACUAAAGCAGAGUGGAAAAAUCUGUCUUUAUGGUAUGUUCUAGGUGUAUUGUGAAUUUACUGUUAUAUUGCCAAUAUAAGUAAAUAUAGACAUAAUCUAUAUAUAGUGUUUCACAAAGCUUAGAUCUUUAACCUUGCAGCUGCCCCACAGUGCUUGAUCUCUGAGUCAUGGGCUAUACAGUGUAGUCCCAAGCACAUAAACUAGGAAGAGAAUGUAUUUGUAGGAGCGUUACCACCUGUUUUCAAGAAAACAGAACUCCAAUAUAAACGUCAUUUCAAAGACUUACUGUAUGUAUAGUUAAUUUUGUCACAGACUCUGAUUCUAUGGACUGAAUUUAAUGCUUCCAAAUGUUUGCAGUUACCAAACAUUGUUAUGCAAGAAAUCAUAAAAUGAAGACUUACACCAUUGUGGUUUAAGCCGUAUUGAAUUAUCUGUGGAAUGCAUUGUGAACUGUAAAAGCAAAGUAUCAAUAAAGCUUAUAGACUUAC